AUCCGUCAUGGGUCAACUAGACAUGCUCUGGUCUCUUCGUCCCAUACCCACUUCCAGCCUCCACUACCCCGCGCGAGGCCAGCUAGCCGCUACCACUCUCUCCAUACACUCUUUAAACUCUCACAACUUCGGGGAUUCUCUCUAAAGCUGCUCUAAUGUGCAUUCUUCAUUGAUUUACCUUCCAUCCAUUUAGCUGAAUACACCAAAGAUUCAAUCUUUUCUCAAGCCAUGAUCCAUAAAGCUAAAAUCUUGAUUGGUUUUUAUUUGGCGUGUGUGAUACUCCAAUCUCCCCCUUUGUGUUCUUCACAGCCCACACCUCUUAACUGCACCGACUCUGGGCGCUUAUGCAGCUCUUUCUUGGCCUUCAAGCCCAGCCGGGAUGCGACUUUGCCUGUGAUCCAGAGCAUGUUUGAUGUUUUGCCGCAUGACAUCACUGUAGAGGGUAAUAGAAGAGGGUAUGUAUUCAUCAGGAAGAACUGUUCUUGUGCUACUGGUACCAACCAGUACUUGACUAGUACCACUUUCACGGUUAGGAAGAUCAAUAGAUCUUUGUAUAAUUUGGUGAUUGAUGCGUAUGAUGGGCUGGCCUACUUUCCGGCUAAUGUUACCAGGGAGGCCAAAAAAGGGGCAGUGGUUUCUGUGAAGCUUAUGUGUGGGUGCUCAAGUGGGCUGUGGAAUUACUUGAUGAGCUAUGUGAUGGAAGAUGGGGAUACUUUGGAUUCUCUAUCUAGUAGGUUUGGUGUUAGCAUGGAUAACAUUGAGGCUGUCAAUGGGAUUGUAAAUCCUGAUAAUGUCACAGUUGGUGCAUUAUACUACAUACCAUUGAAUUCAGUCCCCGGUGAGCCAUAUCCUGUGAAAAAUGAUACUCUUCUGGCUCCAGUUCCAGCACCAUCUGAUCAUAGUAAUUUGGGAAACCAGUCAGAUCAUAAGCGUCAUGUGCCAUAUUGGUGGAUAAUUGGAGGUUUAGCUGUUGGCUUUGCCCUUAUAGUCAUAAUCAUUUUAUCUCUGACUUCCUUGAGAUCAUCCCAUUGUUUUUCCGAAGAACUUGAGACCCAUGGAGCAGAUUCUGAUCAGAAAAAAUCUAUCAAGUUCCGUAUUCUCCAACACACAAGUUCUUGUUGUCAUUCAGGAACGUAUAAAUGCUGGAAAUUGGGGGACUGUAAAGAGCCUAUCAGGGAACGUAGUAACCGUCAAAUGAACAAUAUUCCAAAAGUUACAGGGACUGAUGUCUUUGAUAUGGAUAAGCCUCUCAUUUUUACAUACGAAGAGAUUCUAUCUUCUACCGAUGGCUUCUCAGAUGCGAACUUUCUUGGAGAUGGAACAUAUGGUUCUGUGUACUAUGGCCUCCUACGUGAUCAGGAGGUUACAAUAAAAAGAAUGACUGCCACUAAAAGUAGAGAGUUUAUGGCAGAGAUGAAAGUUCUCUGCAAAGUGCAUCAUACAAAUUUGGUAGAGUUGAUUGGUUAUGCAACCACUAGUGACGAGCUCUUCCUUAUUUAUGAAUAUGCCCAGAAGGGCUCUCUCAGAAGCCACUUACACGAUCCUCAUAAUAAAGGUCAUACAUCACUUUCCUGGAUCAUGAGGGUUCAGAUUGCACUUGAUGCUGCCAGAGGUUUGGAAUACAUUCACGAGCACACCAAACCUCACUAUGUUCAUCGCGAUAUAAAGACAAGUAACAUCCUGCUUGAUGGCUCCUUUAGAGCAAAGAUUUCAGAUUUUGGUUUGUCAAAACUUGUGGGAAUAACGAAUGAAGGAGAAGCUUCAGUCACAAGAGUGGUUGGAACUUAUGGUUACGUUGCCCCAGAAUACUUAAGAGAUGGCCGUGCAACAACUAAGAGCGAUGUUUAUGCAUUUGGUGUUGUCCUUUUUGAGAUGAUAUCAGGGAAAGAGGCUGUUACUCGAUCCGAAGGCUUUGCUAUUAGAAAGGCCGAAAGCCGCUCUUUGGUAUCUAUUAUGCUGGGAGCUCUGAAAAAUUCCCCAGACUCCAUGAGUAUGUCUUCCUUGAAGGACUGUGCUGAUCCCAAUUUGAUGGACUUGUACCCUUACGAUUGUCUCUUCAAGGUUGCAACACUAGCAAGGCAAUGUGUGGAUGAGGACCCGAUUCUAAGACCAGACAUGAAGCAAGUUGUGAUAUCGCUUUCACAGAUCCUCUUGUCGUCGGUGGAGUGGGAAGCAACACUUGCGGGGAAUAGUCAAGUUUUCAGUGGUCUUGUUCAGGGAAGGUAAGACUUGGGCGGUGUGAUAUAUAAAGGCUUUACGUGCCAAACAAAGGCUUGUCUCUGUCCUUUUUAAGUUCUGUAUGUGCCAAUCUUCUGUGCCACUCUAUGGUCUUCAUUCGUUGGAGAAGUGCUUUCUUUGAUUUCCUUUGCAGCAUACACCCAGGAUUCAGAUGUAGUUAGAGAUCUGUCUAAGUAAGCAUUUCUGUCUAUGCCAGGGUAGACUAGAUCAACUUCUGGGUUUUGAAAGGAUACACACUUAAAAAAAUACGGAGUAAUAAUUUAUGGAGUCCAUGAAUUGUACAUUUAGGCUUUUUAUAGGUAUGUAUUCAGUUCUAUGAGAUGGUUGUUUGGAUACCAGACUGGAAAUGUAAUUGGAAUGAGUGAUUCUUAC